CUAAGCAACCACUGUCAUUUGUCCAUUCUGGAAAAUAAUUUGAAGAGUCUUAAGACUUCUUGGAUGUCUGUGUGGUCUAAACAGCUCAUGGUCUUCAGGAAGAACUUCAACACCAUUGGAUGUUCCCCAAACCUGCUCAUCUCAAUCCAUAUUGCCCUUGAUAUACAGUCAUCUUUGUCUUUUUAAUGCUACCUCUCAUGCUCUGUGUUCUGUAUCUUGAGGUGCUUUACUUUCUCCCAUAAUUCCCUGUCCAGUUCAACAUUUCUUAUUACUACUAAGUAACUAAGCCCAUCUGAAUUCAUCUUCAAAAUGUAUAAAUACUGCUACAAAAGGCAGAGCAUCUACAACUAUGCCGAAGUGAAGGAGUGGAUCUUCAGACUGACAAGCCUCCUUUGCAGUUUUUUGGUCUGGUGUUUUGGGAUAAGCCUAGCUACCAGUAGACACUGGCGCAUUUGGGAAUUCAACAGCAAGGCUCUACACCUGUUGUACAUUGGACUGUGGGAAGCUUAUUAUUAUCAAGAAGUCAACAAAUCAGGUUCAAUAACCAGGGUGCCAGUGUACAGUGCUAUGAACUCCAACUGGACCAUUUCAAUAGAACUUGAGUAUGCAAGGGGCCUGAUAUUAUUGUCUAAUUUUAUGCAGCCCGUAGUCCUUACUUUUACCUCAGUGGCCUUUAUGGUCUGCUGGAUCAGAGCCCCAUACCCUGAUUUCAUGAUCCUGUGCUACAAAACAUCUGUCUUAUUUCUGAUCUUCAACAUCAUUUGCACAGUUCUGGCUGUGAGUUUGAACCACCUGGUGGACAUUUAUGGUCAAAGCACCCUUGACUUUCCACUAACAUUUCCGGUCAGUAAAAAGGAUCUGAUAAAGAAGCAGCAAACCCAUGUGUUCCCACUGGGGAUGCUGACGGCUGUGCUUUCAGUCAUCAGCAUCAUUAUAUUGUUUUAUGAGAUGUGGUCAAUUAAAGCAAAGGCCACAGUGAAGUCAAGAGUUUCCUAAAUAGAUCACUGUCUGUAGAAUUGAGUGAAGGGCUCCUGUAUCAGCAACAUCUGCCAGGAGUCUCCUUCAAGAUACUUUCUGUGUGCACAUAAUCCU